GUAAAACCUGACAAAGAUCCGCGCGUACACUACCGUGUAACCGCGCUAUUUCGACAGUGUGUACUUCCUUAUUCAGUAAUUGUAAAUCUUUAGGACUGCGCUUAACGAAAACAAAUGUUGUUCUACAAAGUUGUAUGUGUUUUGAUACUGGCUACGGUUAAAGUAAAUGCCAACUACUUUCUAAGCAAUGUAUCAACUACGUGGAGCUCCGUUGACUGCCUUUUGGCAGAACCAGCUAUUUCUUACAAGAAUCAUUCUUUCCAAGUUAACGAACCUCUUGGUUUAGAGCUACACACCGCUGGCACAUGGAUUGGUUAUCAACACGCAAAGCUACCGUUUCUAUUCCUGGGUUGUAGAGAAUUUAAUUUUAAUUAUGAAAAUACGUACAACGUAACACGUAUCGGUUACUGCUUCAAUGUAUGUGGCAAUGCACCAUUCGGCAUAUAUAUGUCCGACUACAAUGAUAUCACAUCGGAUUUAGCAACCAAAGAAUGUCGCUGCGCCAAUUUGUCAAAUAUCGAUACGCUUAGCAGUUGCGAUAAAAAUGCGGACGAUAAAAAUGAAGAGCAUUUAUGUCUUGAAAACUAUAAUUGUUCUGCUAUUUUCACCCAUGUGUACGCGAACGGAACCGAAACAGACAACGGCAUCAUUUCUUUAGGUGAUUGUUUGACAUACUACUACCCAUAUUUUGCAUGGGCGUCAUGUAAACCCACCAAAGGAAAUUUAAAAGUCAUGUGUAGCAACACUUCAUACGCAGAUUCAUCAGCCACUGCAGCAAUAAUAAAAUCAACUGCGGCCAAUUGGUUGGAUGGCAAUAUAGAAUGUUUGAAGGCCAAACAGCAUCCAGCUUCUGUGGAAAGUAUUCAGCGUGGACGAUUUGGCAAUCCACAGGAACAAUAUUUCUGGACAGGCAUUAUCCGAUCUAUCACACUCAUAGGAACAUCAACUUCUGUUAACGAAUCAAUUCGCCCAAUAAAUUGCUAUGCGUUUGUAAAUACCGAUGGUCUUUUGCAAUUCGCAAGCAAUGGUACAAAAGAGUCUAUUUGUGUCAACAUAGGAACUAAUCUAACUUCUACAAUUAGAACAACAUAUACUGUGUCGACGAAUGCCUCUUCCGAUGAACCAGUAACUCAUGAAGGUUCUACUCCUGCACAUACUGUUACUAAUCGUUCUUCUGACGGCACAAGCCCAGAAGGUAAUAUCAUUGCAAGUAAUUACACAGAAAGUUAUAUUCCAGAAGGUUCUACAUCUGCAUACCCUCACAAGUUUACUACUGUAGAUUCGAACUAUGUGGUUCAAUCCCCGCAAGAUUCAACGGAUAAAACGACAGCUACAACGAUAGGCAUCGGUGUGGCAGUUGGAUUACUUGUUGUUCUCGGAGCAGUGCUGGUCAUUUAUUUACUAAGAAAAAGGGGAAUACUGCCGUGCAAAUCGGGCUCGAGUAUUAAAAAACCUAACGAAAGUAGCAAAGAUUAUGAAGAUAACGUUGGAAACCAAACCUAUUUUAUAUUGGAAAAAUCCGCACUCUCAGUGGUCGAAAGUGAAGAUCAUGAGAACACAGCGUAUGAACAAAACGAAGGCAAUGCUGAGGCCGAUAAUUACAAUUCUAUCGAUGAAACAGAGGAUGCAUAUCAAAGUGUGAAAGAUGAGUACGACUGCACAACCAAUGCAUUACGAACCAAACCUACUAGCAAGAAACCAGACAAUGUGUAUAACAAACUUAAGAUACCGCGACCCGUAGACUAUGAUCACGUUGGAAUACGCGGACAUAAUAUUUUUCAAGAAGGCAGCGACUACGAUACAACUUCUGUGGCGCGCAGGAACGACGGGGAGGGUGACUAUAACCAUAUCCCGCAUCCUGAUAGUACAACCUGUGCCCGACGGAAUGGAUCAAAAGAUGACUAUGAUGUUAUCACUGGAAAGAAGAUUAAAUUUUCCCAAAGCGACUCUGCUGAUUAUGCUCACGUCAGAGCGUAGAAAAGAAUUAAGUAAAUACAUGAUUGAAUGAAAAUGUAAUAGAACUGUGUGACGUACAUUCUGUGACAAAUACUCCGAAAAAUACAUUUGAAGCGUAUUGGCGUUGCCUGCGUGAAUUUUUAAAUAUUAAUUAACCUAUAGUUGAGCCAAAUUGACUAUUCGUUGUAUUCUUACUUCAUAGAAAAAUACAUUAAUAAGACAUGUGUUUCAUAUUAACAACGAAUUUAGCAACAAAAAGGACAAUGGUGUAGAGUUUAUCAAUAUAUACUUGGUUUACAAUUUAAAAAUACCAAUACAUUUGAUGCGGAACAAAUGUUUAUGCGCCAAUAAUGUACGUGAGUGAACAUUAAACGCAAGUAUUCCUUGCUUGAAGUGACGGUAUCGCGCAUAUUAUAUUUUUUUAUUUAAGCCGGUUCAGUCGCUCUAAACUUUAUUCAGAAUUAGACAAUAUAAUUCCUAGAUCAUGUUAUAUGUUAAAUAAUAUAACAGCAGCCAUUUUUGUAGAAUGACAGUAUACAUGCGUUAACUUUGUUCUAUGUUUUCUUAUAACCGUAUUUUAUUUACGAACACGUAACAAUCACAUCGAAUAACUAUUAGUUUUAUUUCGUAAAUAUAUUGGCUAUCGCUUCUUUCGAAACCACUUUGAUGUGAGUACGGAUUAGAAGAUGACAUUGAUUUUGUAUUGCUUAUUCAAUGUGCAAUACACCUGCUUAUGUUGUAUUGUGUUUAACAUAACAUCUAACUGCAUUGUAACAAAUUUAACUACAUAGUGGCACUAAUUUUUAUCUUGAUGACGUUGUGUACAAACAAAUUGGAAGUCGCAUGUUUUAUCUCUUAGUGGCACAAUUUGAAUAUAGCUUCAGCGUUGUAUAAAAAGUUUCAAUAACGAUUACCUUGAAACAAAUAGCAAACAUAUUGACAUCCCCACGUUUAUUUGCACUGUAAGAGUGUUAAGCUUACUCAAUGAUAAACGUUUUACAUGAAUAAACCCUUUUAUCUCGCGAACCUUUCACUUCCUUGUAAAGUUGAUAUUUUUUAAGAAACGUGAUAAUCAGUGACAACAGCAAUGUGUUAAUGCGAUGGUUUAUGUUGUUUAUUGCUGGCGAUUUCGAAAACUGAUCGUAAAUACAUUUGCUGAUUAAG